AUUAAAUUAUUAGUUUACAGGAAAAGUCGAGGGAAAAGUAAAAAUGCCUGUGAAAUACGAUCUUCCAUUCACUCAAACGUCUCACUUGAUUGCUCUUGGGUCCACUACUCUUCUAGUUGGAGUGGCCAUUUUCCCAUUCGGUGCCAGCUGGUCGGGAUCCGGAGGAAAUCAAGGAGCUUGGCCCGUUAUAGUAAGGGUUGUACACUUAGGGUCCUUCUCUGGUUGGUUUGGAACUCAGUUAUGGGUCACUUUCUUUGCAGGUUUGACAAUGUACAAGCAUCUCCCAAGACAUACAUUUGGUUAUAUUCAGAGCAAAUUAUUUCCUAAGUACUUUCUCUUUGGAGCUGUCCUCUCGUCUUUAUCAAUAGCAACGUAUCUCGUUGAAAAUCCAAUUCAUUCGUGGGGCUUGCAAGAAAGUGUUCAGGUGAGCAUUGACAUGUUUUAUGAUAAUUUCAAACAGUAAGUUGUUGAAACUCAA